UUUACCUUUGUAGACUUGACUUCAAUUGCUUGGAUGGAGUUGGGUUCUUCUUCAUCGUCAUCAUCUUCUUCCUUCUUAAAAUCAGAACCCCAAUUCAUAUACGAUGUGUUCAUCAACUUUUGGGGAGAAAACAUGAGCAGAAAAUUCGUUUCUCAUCUCCAUUCUGUGCUCUUACAAGCUCAAGUCAAAACUUUGAUUAAUGAGGAAAAUCUGCAGCAGGGAAAGAAGCUGGAAGAACACAUGCGCGCAAUAGCAGCCUCUAAGAUCGCAAUAAUCGUUUUCUCCCAAACAUACACUGAAUCUACAUGCUGUCUUCGUGAGCUUGAAAAAAUCGUUGAAUGCCGCGAAACUUUUGGCCAAAUAGUUCUGCCAAUAUUUUACGAGAUUUACCCAUUCGAUGUACGUCAUCAGAAAGGUGAUUUUAGGAAAGCGUUGGAAGAAGCUGCACACAAAAGCUAUUCAGGAGAACAAGUGGAACAUGCAUUCUCUAGAUGGAGCAAUGCACUCACCACGGUUGCAGGUAUCACUGGUUGGAAUGUCAGAGAUUUCAGGCAUGAUGCUGAACUUGUGGAGGUUACUGUUAGCCGUGUUCAGACAAUACUGGAUUAUGCAGACUUGUCUCUUACCCGAUUUCCCGUUGGAUUAGACCCUCAUGUGAGAAAGGUAAUUGAAUGUAUUGAAAAUCAUUCCAGCAAAGUCUGUAUGAUAGGGAUAUGGGGGAUGGUAGGAUCGGGUAAGACUACCAUAGCCAAAGCCAUCUACAAUCGAAUUUAUCGUCCAUUCAUUGGUAAGAGUUUUAUUGGAAAUAUUAGAGAAGAUUGGAAUAACAACCCUGUUCAUUUGCAAGAAAAUCUUCUUUAUGAUGUCCUAAAAUCCAAGUUUGAGGUGGAAAGUGUUGGGUUGGGAAGAACUAUGAUCGAGAAUGAGUUUUCUCGAAAAAAGUUGCUAAUUGUGCUUGAUGAUGUGAAUGAGUUUAGCCAAUUAGAAAACCUAUGUGGGAAUCGUGAUUGGUUCGGUCAAGGAACUGUGAUAAUCAUUACAAGUAGAGAUGUUCACGUGCUGAACCGACUCAAAGUUAAUUACAUUUAUAAAAUGAAUGGUAUGAACGAAAAUGAUUCCCUUGAGCUUUUUAGUUGCCAUGCCUUUAGAGAUUCAAAACCAAGAAAAGGCUUCGAUGAAUUUGCAAGAAGUAUAACUGCUCAUUGUGGAGGACUACCACUGGCUCUUGAGGUUCUUGGUUCCUAUUUAUGUGGUAGGACAAAGGAUUGGUGGGAAAGUGCAUUGGCAAUACUAAAAGUACUUCCCACUAUUCAAGUUCAAGAUACAUUGAGAAUAAGUUUUAAAAGUUUAUGCGAUGACAUGGAAAAGGAUAUUUUUCUUGAUAUAUGUUGUUUCUUUAUUGGUGAAGAUAGAGGCUAUGUCACCCAGAUACUAAAUGGAUGUGGACUACAUGCUGAUAUUGGUAUAACAGUUCUCAUAGAACGUGGCCUCAUAGAAGUUGGAAGGAACAACAAACUUGAAAUGCAUCCUUUGUUAAGAGACAUGGGAAGAGAAAUUAUUCGUCGAAGAUGCCCAGAGAAACCAGGGGAAAGGAGUCGACUAUGGUUUGAGGAUGAUAUAAAAGAUGUACUGAAAAGGAAUACUGGGACAAAGGGUACCCAGGGAUUGUCCCUGAAACAUAAAUCAACCAGAGGAGAUUGCUUUGAAGCUCAUGCUUUCAAGAAAAUGAAGAGAUUAAAACUGUUACAACUGGAUCAUGUACAACUUACUGGAGAUUACGGGUACCUUUCUAAACAACUGAGAUGGAUUUGUUGGAAAGGGUUUCCUUCUAAAUACAUUCCAAACAACUUUCACAUGGAAAAUGUAAUUGCAAUUGAUUUAAAACAUAGUCAUCUUCAACUUGUCUGGAAACAGCCCCAGGUUUUAGAGCGGUUAAAAUUCCUUAAUCUUAGUCACUCCAAGUACUUGAUAGAAACACCUGACUUUUCUGGACUACCAAGUCUUGAAAAGCUCAUUCUAAAAGAUUGUCCAAGUUUGUGCAAGGUACACCAAUCGAUUGGACAUCUCUGCAAUCUAUUACUGAUAAAUUUGAAGGACUGCACAAAUUUAAGCAGUCUCCCUAGAGAGGUAUAUAAAUUGACAUCUUUAAGAACUUUCAUCCUCUCUGGUUGUUUCAAGAUUCACAUAUUGGAAGAAGAUAUAAUGCAGAUGAAAUCCUUGAUAACUCUAGUUACCGAAAAUACAGCAGUGAAAAAAGUGCCAUGUUCAAUUGUAAGCUCAAAAAGCAUUGGAUAUAUAUCCCUACGUGGAUUUGAAGGAUUGCCGCAUAAUAUUUUUCCUUCUAUCAUUCGAUCUUGGAUGUCACCAACAAUGAAUCCCCAAUCUUAUAUUAGUCUGCUUUGCCUGGAUAUGGAGAAUGAUAAUUUGUCUGACCUUGUGCCUUUGUAUAGAAGCCUUGCAAAUCUUCGAAGUAUUUUAAUUGAGUGUAACACGGACUUUCAACUAUCUGAGCAAGUAAAAGCAAUUCUAGUUGAAUACGGUGUAAAUUUUACAGAAUCAAGAAUUUCAAAUCAUCCCUUGAGGUUUUCUUUGAUUGGUGUUGGAAGUUACAAUGAAUUCUUCAACACUCUCAACGAUAGCAUUUCUGAGGUAUUGGCAAGAAGUGAGUCUUGUGAUGUUUCUCUUCCAGGUGAUAACUAUCCUUUUUGGUUGGCAAAUAUGGGUGAUGGUCAUUCUGUUUCUUUCACUGUGCCUAGAGAUCGUAACAUGAAGGGAAUGAUUUUUUGUGUUGUUUAUUUAUCAACCCCUGAAAUUGUGGCAACUGAAUGUCUUACAAGUGUCUUUAUUGUUAAUUACACAAAGUGCACAUUACAAAUGCACAACCAUGACACGGUAAUUUCCUUUAAAGAUGAAGAUUGGCAUGGAAUAAUGUCAAAUUUAGGAUCUGGAGACAAGGUGGAGAUUUUUGUGAAUUGUAGUAAUGGAUUGGUGAUCAAGAACACAACUAUAUAUCUUAUAUAUGGUGAAUCAAAUGACUUGGAAAUGGAGCCUUGCCUUGAGCCAAAGGAAAAUGCUUUAAAUAAAUUCAUUAUGAAAAUGGUAAUGUGUGACUUCUGGUAAGUUAAUUUCCUUCUUUGAGAACAGAACAAGAUCCCUUGAGUUAUGGAAUUAAAUUGAAUGUC